AUAGAAUGUGCUCUCAUUACCUCUAAGUUUUCUUGGCUCAGGCCCUCGCAAAGUGGCUCCAGGUCUCCCAUAUUAAGAACAACUGGUACGGUAGGUCGUCGAACCUGUAAGCAUUCACAGUUGGCAGUCAAUCCACUGCAAACACAGAUAUCCACAACUCACCAAGAAGCGAUUUUUCCUUGCUGUUCUUCUAAUUAUACGAAAUCCCAUCUCCACUGAGUAGCCUAAUAUUGUAAAAUUAAAUGUCCACAUGGCUGCAGGUGAUUGUGCAAUCUACUCGAAUCUAUUAGCCUACUAGCUCUCCACAAGCCGGCCAGGCCAUCUUGCUAUAAUAUAAAAUUUAUCACUGGGACAGGCAUGAUCUCUACUGCUACUCUAACAGAAAAGGUCCAACGGCUGCAGAAGUCUCCAUCCAACAUCAGGAACAUCUGCAUUCUGGCCCAUGUGGACCAUGGGAAGACUACACUAGCUGACUCACUGGUGGCUAGCAACGGGAUAAUAUCUCAGAGACAAGCUGGAAAGCUGCGUUACCUUGACGAUCGUGAGGAUGAACAGCUGAGGGGAAUCACGAUGAAAUCGAGUGCAAUAGCUCUACAAUAUAUAACAAGUCACAAUGAGUAUUUGAUUAACCUGAUAGACUCUCCCGGUCAUGUGGAUUUCUCGGGUGAGGUAUCUACUGGCCUCCGACUCUGUGACGGUGCUCUGGUUGUCGUGGACGCCUUGGAAGGGGUGUGUCCUCAGACGCAGGCCGUGUUGCAGCAGGCGUGGGUGGAGGGGAUCAAACCGUGUCUGGUCAUCAAUAAAGUGGACAGGCUUAUAUUGGAGCUGAAUUACUCGCCGACAGAGGCCUACUACCAUCUGCAGCAGAUCCUGGAACAGGUAAAUGCUGUGACUGGGUCACUGUUCACCACUGAGGUCAUGGAGGCAGCUGCCACUGGAAACAAGGAUCAUUCCACUGACAAGGACGCUUCUACACAAGAGGGGGGAGAGGAGGAGGUGGUGUACGACUGGAGCGCUGGUCUGGAAGAUACUGAUGACUCGGCAAUUUACUUUUCCCCUGAGUUAGGCAACGUGGUGUUUGCAUCCGCUCUGGAUGGGUGGGGCUUCAGUGUCAGCCAUUUUGCCGAGCUAUACUCCAAGAAACUUGGUAUCCGUGCCGACGUGCUCAACAAGACCUUGUGGGGCGACUAUUUCCUCAACACCAAGAGCAAGCGAAUAUUCAAAGGAGCUCAGGCCAAGGGCAAGAAACCUCUGUUUGUACAGUUUGUACUGGAUAAUAUAUGGGCAGUGUACGAUGCAGUGGUUGUGAGCAAGAAUAAAGAGCGUAUUGAAAAGAUCGUGUCGAGCAUGCAGUUGAAGAUAAGUGCUCGAGACUCACGCAACAACGACCCCAAGGUACACUUGGCCGCCAUUUUCAACCAGUGGCUCCCGCUGGCUCCGGCACUGCUAUCCAUGGUAGUGGCCCACCUCCCUAGUCCAGAGCAGCUGUCUGGAGAUAGAGUGGAGAAGCUGAUGUGCAGUAAUGCAAGAAUCUUUGACUCCUUUCCUCUGGAGACACAGAGACUUAGAGAUGAUUUCAUCUCUUGCAAUAAGAGUGUGGACUGCCCAACGAUCAUCUUUGUCUCGAAACUCUUCACUGUUGACAGACAAACGCUACCAGUACACCAAGUCAGACCACUGACUGAGGUUGAGAUAGCUGAGCGUAGACAGAAAGCCAGGGAGGCCCACCAGGCAAGGAUGGCAGCACGACAGGAAGAGGAGGAGGCCACUCGUGAAAACGAGUCUGCACCUAGUUCCACAAGUGCCUCGAGGCAAACCAGUUCCGAAGAGAUUCAAGACCCCACCAUCUUUCUGGCGUUUUCUCGAGUCUACAGCGGCGUUAUACGUCGAGGACAACAGCUGUUCAUCUUGCAGCCUCGCUACGACCCCAGCGAUGACAUCAAAAUGGUCGAUACUGCGCAAGGCCUCCCAGAACACUGUGCUAGCUUCACUGUGGGAGAUCUCUAUAUACUAAUGGGGAGACAAGUACUACCUGUCGACGAAGUUCCUGCUGGAAACAUUGUUGGAAUAGCUGGAGCCGAGGAUUACAUCAUCAAAUCUGCCACCAUUUCGAGCACUCUAGCAUGCCCUGCUUUUCGGCCCAUGGUCUUUGCAGCUUCUCCUAUAGUACGAGUUGCCAUAGAACCCCUAAACGCUGCCGACAUGCCAGCUCUGGUGAAAGGAAUGAAAUUGCUGAAUCAGGCAGAUCCGAGUGUGGAAGUGUACGUUCAAGAAACAGGGGAGCAUGUACUAGCCACAGCCGGAGAGGUCCAUCUCAAGAAAUGUAUCGACGAUCUGCGCAAAUCUUAUGCGAAAGUUGACGUUCGAGUUUCGGAUCCAAUUAUUCCAUUUAGGGAAACUGUGAUUCCCCCUCCAAAAAUGGACAUGGUGAAUGAAGUAAUUUCUAGCGAGAAUGAGAUUACAGGCCUCUCUACUCUUCAAGAUUCUAGGGAACAAAUGACCAAUACCACAACUUCUCAUAAGACUCAGUUGUUGAACGUGGAGGCUGUUUCGUUGCCUGAGGACGUCACAAAACUGUUAGAAACUAACUCCCAAUUUCUUAAAUCAUUGGCACUACUAACAUCAAGCAAACGUGAAGUCAAGCUCAACCAAGAAACAAUCGAGAAACUUCUAGAACUGAAAUCAUCUUUGAAAUCUGCAUUCGAAUCUCCCUGCCAUGGCGAUACCAAAUGGGAAAAUGCCGUCGAUCGAAUCUGGUCCUUUGGGCCGAAACACAUUGGUCCAAACAUUCUACUAAAUUGUGUUUCUUCGUACCAACGUUCUUCUGUAUGGAGUGUUCUUGAGACCCAGUCAACCAAGUGCCCCUUGAGAGACAACGAUAAUAGUAUUGUGAGUGGAUUUCAAUUGGCCACACUAUCGGGUCCGUUAUGUGAGGAGCCGAUGCGAGGGGUGUGCUUUGUCCUCCGAGAAUGGAACGAGAUUGAGCUGAUAACCGAGGAUGCGAACGGUCAGUCUAAAAGAGUUGGCCUGGACACCAAAAACAUAUCAAAAAAUACUGGAGAACAAAAUUUCGAAAACUCUACAAGUGUUUUUGCCCCAAGAAAGAAAAUAACUUCUGGCCAGUUGAUAUCGUCAAUGAAAGAAGCUUGCAGGAGAGCGUUUCUGGCUCGACCAGCUAGACUAAUGGCUGCAAUGUAUACCUGUCGUAUCCUAGCAACGGCCGAUGUCUUGGGACGAUUAUACAGUGUCAUUGGGCGUUGUGUUGGACGAAUUAUAUCUGAGGAAAUGAUCGAAGGGUCGACUGUGUUCUCAGUUGAAGCACUCAUUCCAGUGGCAGAGAGUUUUGGGUUUGCAGAAGAACUGAGAAAGAGGACGAGUGGUCUAGCCAGUCCACAGCUCGUCUUCAGUCACUGGGAGGUGAUUCCCAGUGAUCCGUUCUGGGUACCCUCGACUGAAGAGGAGCUGCUUCACUUUGGAGACAAGGCUGACUCGGACAACGUUGCCAGGGGAUACAUGAAUGCUGUGAGGAGGCGGAAGGGUCUUCAUGUGGAUGAGAAGAUUGUGGAACACGCUGAGAAACAGAGAACUCUGAAAAAAAACAAAUGAAUGUUUUUUGUUUAUGUAUGUGCUAUCAUAAUAUCUGGAUUUGCAUUACUGUG